AGCUUAAGUGACUUCAUGGUUGAGUGAAAAUGAUGUUAUAAUAAAAAACCUAAGGUGGAGAGAGGACUCAAGUCUGAUAAUGGGUGAUUUUUUAAUGUGUUUGUCCCAUGUAAAUGGGAUACAAUUACAUGUAUAGACCAAAAAGGGAUAUUUCAUUAGAUUAACCUCAAUACUGACCAAUGUGAGAGUGAGUGAAGAAAGAACAAAAUGUCAACUUAUAACGGGGUAUACACACCCAGCCCUACACCCAAGCCUCACCCCCGGGUCAGACCUGAGGCUGCAGAGAAUGCCAACAGACAGAAGGAUGCUGGGAACUGGUUCAGCCAUGAUAAUGGCCAGGGUUAUCAUUCUCCACCUCCACGAGAGAGGAUCAUGUCUGCUGAGGCCCGGAGGAACGCCCAACACAAUAAAGGGUCCCUUGGUGACCUGAUGUCAGGAAAAGGCAGCAACACUCCAGAUUUCGAGGUCCACCACAGGGUAAAACCAGAGGCAGAGGAGUACGCCAACAGGAAUCGGGGCGCCAUGGAAAAGUGGUUUGAUUACAGCCAGAAUCAAAAGUAUGAAUCUCCUCGCCCAGGGGAGAGACUCAGAACAGAGGAGGCUAAGAGGGUAGCUGAGGUCAAUAAAGGGGUGAUGGGUGAGUGUAUGGGGGGAUAUGCUGAUCCUCCCGUGAAGAAAGCUGUACAUCCAAGAUCUGUGAAGGCCGAAGCUGCAGAAAUGGCGGACAAAGGGAAAGGGGGAGCCAUGAAGGAUCUGAUGGUGAAUUACGGGAAUCUCCGUGUCGAUGAUGGAAGACAAGGGCCAAAAGUGAAAGGGAUGGAUGCAGAGGAAUAUGCCGAGAGAAACAAGGGGACUGUAAGUAAGCUGAUGAACAAUUACGCUGAUGUCCCGUUACCCGAGCAGCCCGCCCCCAAGGUUUACUUUGGAGGGGAGGAGGUGCAGGAGAAAUACCAAGGGAAGGAUAUGGGACCAAUGCUGAGGAUGGAGGGACGUCUUCCUGACCACGAACCUAAGGUCCACAAGCUACACCAAGAGUCCCAGGGACCAGGCUGGGAUGAAACUCCUCCUGUGGUAAGGUCAAGGCCAGAAGGUGACCGCGUGGCAGAUAAAUACCAUGAACAGCACAUCAGAAAUCUCCAGGUCAUGGACAUGGAGGCUCCCCCACCGUCUGUCCGCACCCCCAAGGUACCCCCACAACUCCAGGAGUCAGAGACACCGAGACCCAAGACUUCACCACCUCGCAUGCGACCGGAAGGUCGAUUUUCUUAUCAGAAAAAUCAGUCAUCAGAGAUGUUUUCCAUCAUGAAAGGGGAGACCAACCAAGUGUCAACGCCACGUAAAGUGAAUCGAAUGAUGCAGAGAUCAGAAAACUGGUAAAUCUAGUCAUCAGGACACAGUUAUCUGCCCUUGUCUACAGAGACCGUAAUCUCAAGUAUCCAGUCUCCUUAGUUUUUGUCUUUUGAACUUUUUGUUGCUGUUUAUUAUUUUUAUAUCCCAGCCAUUUUUUAAGAUACACACUUCAUAUUUUUAAGAGCAUCUUUUAGUUCAUACCUGUUUUAUCAUUUAAAUGCAAAUCUUGUUAACAUGAUGUGUUUAAGCAUCACAAUUUUAUACGUUUUUCCUUAAAACAUUAGAAAAGUGAAUUUACAUUAGAGCAGCUCUGUUGGAGAAAAUAUAUUUACAUGUAACAUAUCAAGUAAACUUAAUUCUAGUUUAAUAGAAUAUACCUGUAUGGUAGAAUUUAGUAUCUAAAAUGGAGGCCACUAAAUGAUAAGAUUUAGUGAUAUAGUUUAAUAUCAGUUGCAUAUGUGAAGUUGUUAUAUUGAGAAAAAAGGAAUAUGUGUUCAUUACUGAAUACUCCACUCUGGUUGUGAUUUUUUUAAAAACAAAAAUUCUGAAGACUUUCUUAAUGGUGCUAUAAUAAUUGUAGUGUAUCAAAUGAUAAUUUUAUGAAAAAUUAAUUUAUUACAUAAACAUGUAAGAUUUAAGAACAAAAACAAAGUUCAUAUUAUUGUUCACAAGGUUGUGUUAUGUAAAGUUGAAGAAUUCUUUUUUUUUCUCUAAAUGCAAAACGUAUAUUUCAACAAUAUUUACAGAAAUAGAAUUUAGAAAGUUGUUUUAAAAGAUGAAUUUUUACCUUGAUUAUUUUAUUUAAACAUCAUGAAACACUUGCUUAUUUGAUUCAAUGUUUUUUUGUGAUAUGAUGCUGUGUUGUUGAAAUUUUUUUCACAGUCAGUUUGAAGGAAGAAUCUAUGUCGUGUUAAACAGAUAUUUUUAAAAAAAUGUUUAAAUACAGAUUUGUUU